AUGAAGUUCGCUCGGUUGCUUCGAACGACGGCGGAGGAUCUGCCUGAGCUGCAGUGCCUUUUUCACAUUUACAAGCACUUGAAAAAGCAGCUGAAGCAGCUACCAGCACGCGCGGAUGGCAAAUCCUUAGCCACAGAACGUCAGCAGAUUAAGCAAAAUGAUCAGGGGCCAAAGGAACCUGCCGAGGAAACUGCCGGACAGGCUGGCAUUGCCGAAGCCAGCGAGGAGGUUCGCUUCACAGCCGUCCUUACGGAUCACCUGCAGCGCUUGAACGACCGCUUUUUGGAGCGAGAGGAAACCUGCGUCAUCCAGCUGGAGCGGCUGGAGGCGGAGGCAGCGCAGUGCACCAUUGCUGCGCGGGCUGCUGAGACAACAGCCAGGAACGGCAAUGAUGCAAGCGGCGAGAUCGGCCCCAGCGGCAUGCCCGCCGCGCUAAAAGCCAUUGCCGAGCAGCGGGCGCAGCUCUAUAAGCGCUUUGUCAAUUUCCAUGGUGAGGUGUUGCUGCUGGUGCACUGGUCUGUCCUAGCCUACACCGCCACAGUGAAGAUUCUAAAGAAACACCAUAAACGAACGGGUUUGCUGCUGAGGGCCCCUCAGCUAGCUGACCUGCUGUCCCAGCCGUUUUGCUCUUCAGAGUGCGGACCUGAUGGAGGAGAUCGCCACCGCUGCGUGACCCCCGCCCUGAUGACAGGGCUGGCUCGGAAAGCAGAGGUAUGUAUCCAGCGACUGUCGGAACAGCUAGCCACCACCGCCACAUCCGGCGGCGGCGCCACAACGGUUGGCGACGCAGUUACGGGCGACGCGGCGGGCGGCGGCGGCGGCGGUGCUGCCGCCACCGGAUCUGGCCGCUUUCCCCAGGAUACAGUAGAGCAGGUGGCAGCCGCGGCGGCGGACGCUGCUGCUGCCGCCGCGGCGGCGGCGGCAACGUUGGGCGCCGGAGAGUCGUACGGCGUUGCGGACGGCUCGAGUCCGAGUUGCUCUCAGAGCAUGGGCGAUGUGCCUUUCCGGCGGCCGUGGGUCCUGGGGGGAGAUACCCCCCCGGGGGGGGGCCUGGCGGUGGUGGAGCCAGCCGGGCCGUCACGGCAGCAGCAGCAGCAGCAGCAGCAGCAAGGGCAGUUCGAUUUACUGGAUGAGCAGCAGCAGCAGCCGCAGGAACUCGUGCCACGGCGGCAGCGGCAACAUCAGCGCCAGCCUCAGCAGCAGCCUCAGCCGACCUCACCGCAGGUGGACAACGGCAACGGGGGGGAAGGUGGAGGCGGUGUAGGGGCUGUGGGAGGCGGCGGGGGGGGAGGAGGAGGAGGCAGCGCGACGUUCCUGCGCAACCUGGCCCGGCUCAGCGACAAUGCGAGUGCCGCCAGUUUAUCUGGGCCUUAUGUUUUAGAGCAGCUGGUUGAGCUGCAGCAAUACGUGGAUGAGUACGACAAAAUGGACGAAGACGACCCGGAGGAUAAAAUGGUUGUCGGGGAUGAUGAUGACGAUGAUGAUGACGAGGAGGAGGAGGAGGAAGAGGACAGCGGCGUGCCGGCUGCUGUUGGGCAAGGGCCGGUGGCGGCGGUACACGGCGACCGCAGCGGCGCCGCUGCCGCCGCGACGGGCCCCGCCGCCACCGGAGCUGGUGGAUUGACGGCCGCCGCAGCUGCCGAUGGCGCUGCAGGGUUGCGACAAGGGCCUGCAGUCGGCGGCGGCGGUGGCGGCGUCCUGCAGCCUCGCGCACAGCUGGAUGCGGCCGCUGGAGACCACAACGCCGCCGCCGCCGCCGUGGAGAGAUCCGUAGACCCGAAAAGGUACCCGAACUCGCAUUCCCUUUCUCCGUCAGUGGUGGACGCACACGUGCAGCUGCAGUCGCAGUCAGCGGCAGCUGGGCUUGCACAGGGAGAGGGGCCAUCUACAGCGGCAGCGGCGGCGGCAGCGGCGGCGGCAGGGUCAGGCUCCGCGUCUGGCUCAGGCCAAGGCUCUGCGCCAGAAGCGGCCGCCGUCGACGACGCGACGGUGGUAGCGGCGGCAGCGGCGACUCAGCCGUUGCUGCCGCCGCCGCGCGCUGGUGGCGCCGGCGUUGGCUGUGGUGGUGGUGGUGGUGGUUAUGCUGUUGCCCCAGCUCCGGCGGCAGCAGAUCUGCCGCCGCAGCCGCCACCGCCACCGCACUUGCCGCAGAGCAGCAGCGGCAGCGCUGGUGCGGCGGGCGGCGCUGGGAGCAUCUCCGCGGCCAUCAGCGAGGCCUUCGCGGGCGCCCGGGACCCGGCGGGAGGAGCGCAGCUGGGGCACAGUCAGGGCCGCGGCGGCGGCUGUGCGCCAAGGGGCAAGCGGCGGCGGCUGCUGGGUGCGGUAGUACACGGCGGCGGCGGCGGCGCUGUCGUCGGGGUGGACGGGCAGCAGCAGCAGCAGCAGCAGCCGGAGCAGCAGGUGGAGGAGGAGGAGGAGGCGGAGGAGAGCGUUGCUGAUGACAGUGGUAGCAACAGCGAUUGA